GCAGAGUCCCUAAGAAAACGGACUUGUUCAACGGUUUCAGUUUCUCUUUUUCUCUCCCUAAAUAGAAAAAACAACAAUCCAAACAUAAAUAUAGCUGACUAAACAAAGACAAACACAGAGAAAAUUACAGAGUCUCAGAUGUUCCAUGAAUAUCUGCAGACCUAGAUAGGUGGGUGCAGAACCUGACAAUACCCACCUUCAAGUUUCCUUCCUCUUGUAAUUUUUGUUCUGGUUCUUGGAAUUUUGGUUCAGGUGUUUAUUACCACAAAAAAAGGUCAGCUAGCUUGUGUAAUGCAAUUUGUCUAUUGUUAUUCAUUUUUUUUUCAUUUUCAGUUCUUCAAUAUCCAUGGAUUGGCUGCUGAUCAGCUUGGAGAGGGGCCCUGAUUUAUGUGCAUUUGUUUUGAGGGGAUUUCGCCAUUUUUGCCACGGAGGGAAGCGGCUGCAGGCCCUGGUUUUUUGAGUGUUGUUGAUUGAGGAUUAAACAAUACCUAUUUGUUUAUUGAGAGUAUUUUGGGUUUGCUUUUCUGCUUGUUUUUUUGAUAUCAUGGAGCAAUACCGUCAAAUAGGCGAGGUUCUGGGAAGCCUGAAGGCUCUGAUGGUCUUGCAAGAUGAUAUUCAGAUCAAUCAGCGGCAGUGUUGUUUGCUUCUUCACAUUUUCUCUUUGGCAUUUAGUUUUAUCGCAGAGGGAAUCAAACAGAAUCUGAAACUAGAAGAGAGGAACACCAAGUGGAAAGUCCUUGAACAGCCUUUGAGGGAGCUUCACAGGGUCUUCAAAGAAGGAGAACUCUAUGUGAGGUAUUGCUUGGAUAACAAAGAUUGGUGGGGCAAAGCAAUCAGCUUCCAUCAGAAUAAAGACUGUGUUGAGUUUCACAUUCACAAUUUGCUAUCUUACUUCCCGACUGCAAUCGAGGCCAUUGAGACUGCUGGGGAGAUCGCGGGACUCGAUUCUGAGGAGAUGCAAAGGAGGAGAGUUGUGCUAGCGAAAAAAUAUGAUAAAGAGUGGAAUGACCCUAAACUCUUUCAGUUAAGAUUUGGGGAGGAGUAUUUAGUCCCUCGAGAUAUUUGUAGCCAAUUUGAGAGUGCUUGUAGGGAAGAUAAAUGGCUUCUGGUGGAAGCCAUCAAAGAGAAAAGAAAUUCAGGAUCCCUCACAAAGAAUGAGAUGCAGUUUGGCGACCUACUGCUCAAGAAACUAAAUGGGUCAGAGCAGUAUAAUGGGAAGCUUUUCCCAAGUUCAAUCCUACUUGGAGCUAAGGAUUACCAAGUAAGACGGCGACUAGGAGGGGGAAGCCAUCAUAAGGAAAUCCAAUGGAUGGGGGAGAAUUUUGUUAUGAGGCACUUCUUUGGGGAGAUUGAACCUUUGAAUUCUGAGAUUCCUAUCCUUCUUUCGCUUUCUCAUCCACAUAUACUACAAUACCUUUUCGGGUUCUAUAAUGAGGAAAAGAAAGAAUGUUUUCUUGUGAUGGAGUUGAUGAACAAGGAUCUCUUAUCCUACAUGAAAGAGAAUACUAGCCCUAGGAGGAGGAUUUUGUUCUCUCCCCCAGUUGUAGUUGAUCUCAUGCUUCAGAUUGCAAGAGGCAUGGAAUAUCUUCACUCCCGAAAGAUCUAUCAUGGAGAUUUAAACCCUUCUAACAUCCUACUUAAAUCAAGAAACUCCUCCCAAGGUUAUGUUCAUGCGAAAAUAUCUGGAAUCGGAUUAAAAUCUGCUAAGAAUCAUACUUCUCGAUACUCACCAUCUUCCCAAACUGAGACCAACCCUGUAAUUUGGUAUGCACCAGAAGUUCUGGCUGAGAAAGAAAAGAUAGAAAGGCCCUCCUCUUCCAAGUACACAGAAAAAGCUGAUGUAUACAGUUUUGGGAUGCUAUGUUUUGAGCUUUUGACUGGGAAAGUUCCUUUUGAAGAUGGGCAUCUUCAAGGAGACAAGAUGAGUCAAAAUAUAAGAGCAGGAGGGAGGCCGCUCUUCCCAUUUCCUUCACCAAAAUAUCUAGUGAACUUAACCAAAAAGUGCUGGCAAACAGAUCCCUGUCAGCGCCCAAACUUUUCAUCUAUAUGUCGGGUUCUACGCUACAUCAAGAAAUUCCUGACAAUGAAUCCUGACAACGGUCAGCCUGAUAUGCUGUCACCGCCUGUUGAUUAUUCUGAAUUAGAGGCAGCUUUUCUAAAGAAGUACUCUACGGAGACCAGCGUUGAUCUAGCUUCAGUCUCACAAAUUCCAUUUCAAAUGUUUGCUUAUAGACUUGCUGAGAAAGAGAGAACUUCUGCCAGCUUUAAGGAGAGGAACUUUGAACCGGCAAGGGAAGUAGCCUCAACUAAUGGAGAUGAAUUUUUUUCUGUGGUGGAAGAUCCAGUUAUUACGUCGAAUGAUACAAAGUCAGUCUAUUCUGAUGUAAGGUCAGUUUGUACAAUUGAUGUGUUGUCAGCCAUCUCCGAGGUCCCAGAAAAGAAAAUUCAGUCUGAUACAAGGUCAGUUUGCUCCGAGGCUCCAGACAAGAAAACGCUUUUAAUGAAGAAGCCGAAGCCUAUCAAUGUGAACCUCAAGGGCAAAAAGAGUUCAGGGACACAGAGAGCGCAAUCGGCAAAACCACCUCCAUUUAGUCCUUGUGGCCGGAGUUUUAACCGAGCAAAGCCCUCACCCUUGGUACUGAGCCCCAUGAGCUCUGACAGGAGGAGAAGAUCUGCUCAAGUUUUUGUCUCAGAUUCUGAGAGAUCCUAGCAUUUUAGUUCAAUUUGUCAUUCUUAGAACACUUGGGUUUUGGUACUUGGAAUUUUGUCCCAAAAGUGUUUCUUAUGCAGUAUAUAAAACUGUUGUUCUAUUACUUGUUUAAAACUUUCUUCAGUUUCAAAAGCAAAGAGCACAUUCAUAUUUUCUUGCAA